AUUGGAUAGCACAUAACAAUUUCAGGAUGCGGGCAGUUAAAGAUUACGCUAUCGGCGCGUAAAUUGUAGUAUGCUGAAAUGAAAACACAAAAGUUGGCGUCACAUCGGGAGUCUACUAACAAGUCGAAGGAAAGAAUAAAAAACAAGAAACGUCUCGCGACAGGAUUAGAUAAUGUCGCUAGUAGCAAUAGUACAUGUCAUGCAGUCGUAACUUCGUCCAAUCGCCACGACCCUUUGGCGCACAUCAUUCGUCUUUCAAGUAAUCUCAAAGUACCUCGUUCUCCAAAGCGCCAUUUAUGCGACAUGAUCCACGUUGAGCACUACGAAAAUGGUGGUGGUUAUGCUUUGCAUUCUUAUGCUGAUGAGUUAGCUCACCUUACGGCGGAUGAGUUGGCUUUGUUGGCUCGAAAAUAUUUCAAGAUAUUAUUCACCGAAAGACGAAAAAGAGGCAUCCGUGUUCCUUUUUCCCAUUACUGCAUAGGUGUUGUCCAUGGAGCUGCGAGAAGAAUGCCGGAACUGUUGUCGUAUUUGUCAUCUGCCUAUCCUAAUCUCAACGUCUCGACAAAUCCCCUAGAACAGAAAAACGCAACGGAAACUUUAUCUCUUUCACAGUAUGUAAAAAACGUUCAGAAAACUUACGCAAACGGCAUCUAUCGGUUUGGGCCACUGCAUGCAUUGAGUAUUGUUGGUGUUAAAGGUGAGGAACGUGGUUUUUUUGACAAGAGUCUCAUUGAGAUGAUUGAAAAAGACCCAUUCCUAAAACUUGUAACACCAUGGGGUGUCUUAUCAAGUUUAAGUGGGAUGGACCCUCGAGAAAGUAACGAUGGGCCUAUUCUGUGGUCUCGUCACGGAGAACAAACUAUUCCUUUAUUUCCAACUACCAUGCGUGGCAGGAGACGUGUUAUCAAUGGUUGUAUUACAGACGUGGUUAUUGGUCGCCGCGCACUUGGUGGGCGUCAGAUAGCGGUUCAUGACAGGACUAAUUGCCAUGCUGACCACGCAGACGAUGGGCUGUCUCGUCAUACUACAGCAGCUGUAGGUUUACUAAAGGCGGUGUAUCCCCAUCGACCUGGAGAGGAAUCAGAAUUGCCCUAUUCAUCUUCCUAUCCCCUUCAUUUCGAGGAUGCUAAUGGUGAUUUAAGUUCUAACACAAAUCCAUACGCAUACAAACUAAACCAACCUGCUAGAAUAGUCAAAGAUGUAGUUGUAUUUGAUCCACGUCAUUAUGUUGAUCUGAUUGAACGAUUACGCCUAGAUAUUAUGGAACCUCCCGCAAGCCAGACCAGAAAAUCAAGUUCAAUCUAGUUAAUACUGAGGAAUGUGACUAGACUUCAAAUGAUCAGUUAAUGUCGAUUCAGGUUUCAAUAAAUUCAGAAUAAUACAAUAUAACCAUCGAUUCAUGCUUAAUUUUCUAAUGGUUUUUCAUAUAAUUAUGAUUUAUUUUAAAAGCAAUCGAGGGAAUUCCAACAUUAUUUAAUAAAUUAGGUCUCUCAGUAAUCCUAGUGUUUACCUCAUCAAUUUAUCUUAACAGUGUGGGUCAUUUUGGGCGGAUGAUGGUGAGCUUAAUCAGCUACAUUCCGAAGGCUUUCGUUAUGUUCGCCUGCCUCUUCGUGAUAAUGAUAUAUAUUUUAUCCCACGAAAUGUUAUACAUCAAUUCAAGUCUGUUUCAGCUGUAUCAAGUAUUGCAUGGCAUGUUCGUUUAAAAAAUUAUUACGACCAAUUACAACAUGAUGAUACAAGCGGGAUGUCUGAACAUAAUGAUUCUGAUCUAAAAAAUCUCGAUCAUGCCUAUCAGUCGUCUGAAUCCAUCAAGUCAACAUCUGAGUUAUCUGUCCCUAACGAUAUAAACACUAAUAGUAACUUAAAGAAGUCACCUGAAAGUAUCCAUUCAUCAGCUAAUGAGUUAGCUAGUUGAAACCCACUCAUGAUUUCUUGCAUUUUGUUUUAAUUGUUGAUAUCUCAUUGUCUUUUUUGUAAAAUAAGUCUAAUAUGGUUCGACUUUAUAUUCAUCGUUUGUUUUAUUCUUAAUGUUGCUGUUAAAUAGCUGUGUAUGCAUGUGUCACUUUUCACUGAACUCAUUUGCAAUAUAAUAUCAUCUUUACAUACCAUUUAAUUCUAGUUGUUUCUCAUUACUGUGAUUCCAUAUCUGCUAGUUUAUUUCCUUUUCUACUUGGAUAAGUGUAUCCAGGCACCUAAAAUCCUUUUGUAAUAAUAUGAAAUUGUUAUUUAUUUCAUGAGUUCCAGUUUGUUUUGUUUGCCUUAUCAUGUUUAAUUUUUCUUAUUCUGAUUUUUGUUUCUCUCUUAUGUUCCUACUUUCUGUUUGUUUUAAAAUGUGAAGUAAUUUUACAAGUUUUCAUCACGAGUUGCAUAAACAGAUGUAAAAUAAUCCAUUCCUAGCUUCUUUCUUUACUUCCUGUUUUCUUUUUCGGCAGGUAAUAGGUGUUAUUUUUAAACCAAAAGUUCAUGGCCUCGGUUUUGUGUUUUUUCGAUUGGGGUAAUUAGCGAAGUUACUUAUACUUCCUUCAGAAUUUAAUCCCACACAGUGCUUUGUUGGAAUAUGAGAAACUAAAGCUCAUCGUCAUGUUGACAUUAUUUCUUGCAUGACCAGGUUUUGUAAAAAAAAUAUAUGAUACUGUAGUUCUUAGCACUAAUCAAAGCUUACAAAUCAAAGGAUUCUGUGUAUUCGCUAAGAUAGGCAUUUUAAAGUGCAGUACUCGAGGGGUUGAAAGCUCUCUCGAACAGAUCAUUUUUUCUCUUGAUAUCACGCGAGUUAUGAAACAUGAUCGCAUUCUAUCCUCAAUAUGGAUUAUAACGGCUGAAGCAUCACACUAAUCAUUUGUGAUUGAUCUGUGUAAGAUAGCGCGUGUAUUAGUAAUAGGACUAGGUUUUAUUUAUUAUGUGUUUGACUUUCAAUUGCUCUAUUUUGUCGAGGCGAUACUAGAUGUUAUCAGUCACUAGCAAAUUUUUAAGCAUCUACUGGAUAUUAGCACUUUUGAAUAAAUUUUCAUCUUAAAGUGUAGUUAGAAGGCUGAUAUCAAGUGGGAGUUUUGUUUCAACCCGUUCUGGUGUAGCCUAUUUUGAUGGCCAGGAUAGGGAAUGGUGUUGUAAAAGUCCCUUUUGGAUACAAAGGUCCAGUUUGCAAAAAUCAGUUCCGAUACCUUCUGAAGCAUCUAAAUGUAGUUCGCAUAAAUCAUACCUUUUAUUUGAUGGGGUGUGUAUUUGUUCACAUUGUAGUUUUAAUUUAAAGGAGAGAUUUCUUUUUUGCCACAC